CUGGGAACAGUGAACGAAAAUACUGCCAUAAUGGACAACAAUGUGUGGUCGGCUAGAGCGAACAAUAAUCAAGGCAGCGUGAGCCAGGGCAGGAGUGUGUACAUGGACAUUCUAAGACUGAUCGUGAUCCAAGCACUAAGAGCGGCGGUGACUUCAGAGUACAAAGCCAUCGCGGCAAAAUCGAGGCCUGCCAGCACAACUGCACAGUAUGAUCCCACUUGGCCUGAAGAAAACGACCGGUUCAAAACGGUUACACCGGAAUACGCUGCCAGGAUAACUUCGACCACGCCUUCAGUUGUGCUUAGACCUCCUCAAUCGUUCGCCGUGACUGUGCCCUCUCGUGGAAAUUCAGAUUCUCAAGGCCGUCCGCCUUCGCACGACGGCUCUAUCUCGGGAAGCUCUACGCUGACACCUUUGGCUGAGAGCGCACACACGACAGCGUCGGAAUCGGGUACAAACGGUGUAGAAGUGACAUCGGAGAAGCCUGUAUACCCGUGUCCAGGAAAUUGCGUGCCAAGUUUCCUCACGUGGUUUUGCGACGCAACUAACUCGAACUACGAGUGCUCGAGUGGUAGGGUUUGCUGCAUGCCCACCACGACUACGACACCUCCCGAAGAUGUCGUGCGGGAGUGUCCCGGUACCUGUAUCCCCCCAGCGAUCUCUGGCCUGUGCAAGAAGCCUGCCCGCCUGAUUCUCAGGACUACCACGUGUGACCGAGAUUCGAUCUGCUGCAGUGAGACACCGAGGCUUUGGUAGAAUGUAGUAGCAGCCUUCAAGGCACACAAACAGAAGAACGCGAAACUAGCAAUUUCUGUUGUUCUUUCUGAGAACUUCUUGGUAUACCGAGAGGACCGCAAGAGCCAGCAGCCAUAUGAUGUGCUCAGCAUCGGCAUCCAUUUUCGCAGAAUCCUAAUUCAUCUUUCAAGCCUUAUUUCCUUUGUUUUCUUUACAAGGGUUUGAGUGUUGCAUCAUGAAAUUG